GUUUGUUUUGAUUUGACCGUCUGCAGCUUCGCUUCCGACUUCCGAAGUUUUAAACUUCCUUUAUUAACUUUCAAUUGCUUUUCAUUUCAUAAAGCUUUCCUUAAAAUCUCCCAAAUUUGUUAGUUAAUAUGGUAUUAGUAUAGGGCGCUUCAUUACAGUAUGGUAAACUGAAAACCUGAAAACCUUUCAUUACUUUAGGUCUUACCUAAUCGGCUGAAAAAUUCAUUUUUGCUAUGGCUUUUUCACAUGUAGCUACACGUUUAUUGACUCGAAAUGAGCUAUUUAUUUCGAUGCCAUCAUGUGUGCAAUUGCGAUGGAGGAAAAUUCCAGUAAGAAAGCCAAAGUGGAAACCUAUGGCUGCUUCGAAACUGUAUCGAAUCCCUAAGCAUCCUGAAGUAUCGCCUGAAGAAGCAGAACUCCACGUGAAUCUGAUGGAUGAAUAUUACCGUAAAGUAGAAUCCUUGAGAAAGUUAUUUAAAAAAGAAUUGGAAAGCCAAAAUCUGGAUGAAGCAUUUCUGGCCAAACAGGAAGAAGAAGAAGAAAAACAAUUUCAUUUGCUGUUAGAGGAAAACAAAAGAGAAAAUGAAAGGGUUAAAAAAAUUAGAGAAGAAACUUUAGAGAAAAUGUUUCAAGAAAAACAAAUAGAAUUACUACAACUUGAAGAGGAAAGAAUAAAAAAGAUGGAACUAACAAGACAAAAGGUUGAUGAAAUUGUUAGGAAAGAAAAGGAAAAACAUUUAAACUACAUAACAGAAGAAAAAUUAGAUGCUGCUAUUGAGCACGCUAUUGACAAUCCAAUUAAUAUCAAUUUUGCAAUUUCAAUUAAUGGAGAAAUAAAAUGGGAAGGAAAUCCUCCACCUGAAUAUGAAAGAGAGCUGAUGCAAAGAAUUUCUGAAGGUCAAAAAAGAUAAAGCAUCAUUGUUUAAUAUUUUGAAAAAUGAACUGAUAAAAUAUUAAAUGAAUUCAUCACUUACAAAAAGUUAGUAAAAUCUUUAUUGUCAAUUCUUACAAAUCCUUAACUAACACAGAAAUAAAUAUUUUUAAGUAGUUUAUAAGUAAUACAAUUCAUGUAAAUUCUAUUUAGUUUCAGAUAUCAAAAUAUAUAGGCAAUCCAAUGCUUUCACAUUUCAACUUGCAUGACAUUGGUAACAUAGUAUAUCCAUAUGUACAUAAGUGUAACAUACAUUAAAUUAGUUUACAAAGUUAAGACAAACGUUUCUUAAAUAUUUAAAAAAAAAACAUUUCUAUAAUAAAAACUAGGUUACUUUUUUCUUGGUUAUUAUUUUAUUAAUACUUCAGAAUGAAAUGUUAAAUGCCCAAAAUCUAAAGUAUCAAAAUAUUCCCCAACCAUCGGGCGUCUACUUUAGUUUUGUAGAAUAAAUGCAAAAGCAUUCAAUGAAUUUGUAUAACAGGUUCAAUUAAAUUGAACAAAAAUUUAAUACUGAAUAUAAUCUAUUUUCUCAUUUCUGCUAUAAAAUUCAAUUUCUAUAGAAGUUUGUGGUCUUUCAAUACAUAAACUGUUUUUCAGUCGCCAAAAAAAUUACCUUUUUUAAAUAAUGUGGCACAGUGGCUUAAUAAUCUUUUGAACACUUAUAUUUUUAAGAUGCUCCAUUGUUAUUUCUUGUAUCUUUCCUGUUUCUAUUUCCAGUUGCAUUGUGUGUUUUUUAAUAACAGAUACUAAAAUUUAAAUUAGGUAA